AUUCAGCACUCGCACAUGGACAUCAUCAUCAUAACAUCCGAGCUCAUAAAUGGAGGGUCAAUCUCUCUGGAAAAUUCAGUUCAUUCAUUUCUUCCACGAGUGAAGGACGACCUUUAUUAGCGCAUUCUCAGAUUGAUUAUUAUGACUGGUGAAAAAAUGAGGGAAGUCCUCAUCGCUCCCGUCAUGGGACACAGGGAUGACGGUAGUUGGUCGAUCCUCAGGGCUCUUGCCAUGACUUCACUUCUCCUCCUGGUGACCCUGUCCGCCGUCCGAUACGAGAGCAAGAUCAAUCGACUGGAAGCUCGGCUAGAGAUUUUGGAGACGGAAUCCAUCCUGAAGGAGGCGCUUGGCCUUCAAGUCAAGGUUUCCGAUUUGAUGGGUGGUGAAAUCAAGUUUAUGGACAAUCCAGUUUCAGAGACCAAGGAACCACCACGCCGUGAAAAACGUGAAGCCAAUCCACUCCGCCCAUCCCAACAUAUCGUGCGGAACGAGCAGGACGAGACGUACUUCACGAAGGGACGUCAAGGGGGAUAUGUGCGUCCUUCGGGAGUUCAUGAAAUGUACGAGCGUCUCCCACCAAAGAGUGAAGAGGUUGGCUACCAGUCACCUCCAAUUGACUACUCGCAGCAGGCAGCAGUUCAAACGAGGGCAGCCCCCACUUCCGGCCAAACUUACAUUCCUCCCGUGCAGCGUGUGGGUCACGGACCAGAUCAAGUAUCGGCUCGUGUGAUUCGUUACAAUCGCAGGGACAAUGACCACAUGGACACUAAGCAAACGACCACGUCAACAGUCGCGGGUCAUUUCGUCGCGGACGUGUCCAACUUUACGUCCAGCGACAACCCACGUCUUCGAAAUUCGAAUGGGAUUUUUCAAAUUUGGAAACCGGCAUCAUGGAUGAAUUCUGGAAAUUUCCUUCUCGAUUCCAAGGAUGGCGUCGUGACAGUGCAGAAGGGAGGCAUUUUUCACAUUUACGCUCAGAUUCAUUAUCACGAUGAGCAGCAGCAGAACAGUUUUGUAGUGGACGUGAACGACUCCCCACUUUUACAGUGCACCACCCAGAACGGGUCCAACUCAUGUUUCACGGCAGGACUUACCGAGCUUCAACGUGGGGACAGAAUCGUCAUAAAAAAUUUGGGAGUUGAUAGGUUCUCUAUUUACAAGCCGGAAAAAUCGUUCUUUGGCUUGGUCAAAGUCGGACACUAACAAAUUCUAAACAAUUUUACCAAAUGAAAUCUAUCUAAAGACCCAAUUCUUACAAAAAAGAUGCAUCAAAAUUCAAUACGGGUGAAUACAUGUACUUAUCAUAUUUUAUUACAAAAUCACAUAUUUCCUUAUUGCGAACAUGUAAAUAAAUCACGAUGAUUAUGAAAA